UUAAAGAUAGACGCAGAAUACACAGCAUCUUGAGCCAAGGUUUAAAUUCAUCCCUCUCUGCCUGGCUUCUCGCAAAGUUCUGCUUGUCAGCUUGCCUCUGUCUCCUCUAGCAGCUGUAAAAUUCCCUAAAAAAAUAACAUCAUUCUGGAUUCUUGGGAAUUACUAAGGUGGCAAAAGAGAUCAUGGUGCAUACAGUGGGAACCGCCAAUAAUCCCACACAGGGGGAGAUGGAGAAGUGAUGCUGAGACAGAGGGGAUGGGACGGUGAGAGGGAGCCUGUCCCCUGCCCUUGCCUCUUGCUGCUGCAGAGAGAGGAGAGAUCAUGAAGGUGCUGAUCUUCAGGGGGAUCCAGCAGAGGGUCAGAACAUGGAUGAAGCUGGUGCCUCCUGGUUUCGUGUCCUGUGAUCUGAUCUGGGCACUCUGAGGCAGACGAAGCAGGGAACAGAGCAAGCGAUCGGAGGAGCAUCAUUUCUACGGAAUGAUUGAAGAUUGUGGGAAAAGAGGAAAUACCAUGGCAGAAAGAAGGCAGCUGUUUGCAGAAAUGCGGGCUCAGGAUCUGGAUCGCAUCCGUUUGUCCACCUACCGAACAGCAUGCAAGCUUAGAUUUGUUCAGAAGAAAUGCAACUUGCACCUGGUGGACAUCUGGAAUGUGAUCGAAGCCUUGCGGGAGAACGCCCUAAACAACCUGGACCCCAGCAUCGAACUGAACGUGGCUCGCCUGGAGGCUGUGAUUUCAACCAUCUUCUACCAGCUCAACAAACGGAUGCCAACGACCCACCAGAUCAACGUGGAGCAGUCCAUCAGCUUGCUGCUCAACUUCCUGCUAGCCGCCUUUGAUCCGGAAGGACAUGGUAAAAUUUCCGUUUUUGCUGUCAAAAUGGCCUUGGCAACUCUUUGUGGAGGAAAAAUCAUGGACAAAUUAAGAUAUAUUUUCUCCAUGAUUUCUGACUCCAGCGGGGUGAUGGUUUAUGGCAGGUACGACAUGUUUCUGCGCGAGGUUCUCAAGCUGCCCACCGCUGUCUUCGAGGGGCCUUCAUUCGGUUACACUGAGCAGUCGGCAAAAUCCUGUUUCUCACAACAGAAAAAAGUCACAUUAAACACUUUCUUGGAUACUCUCAUGUCUGAUCCCCCGCCACAGUGUCUAGUGUGGUUACCACUUCUGCAUCGACUGGCAAAUGUUGAAAAUGUCUUCCACCCCGUCGAGUGUUCCUACUGCCACAGCGAGAGCAUGAUGGGGUUUCGCUACCGCUGCCAGCAGUGUCACAAUUACCAGCUCUGUCAGGACUGCUUCUGGAGGGGCCAUGCCAGCGGUUCCCACAGCAACCAGCACCAAAUGAAAGAGUACACGUCAUGGAAAUCACCUGCUAAGAAGCUAACUAAUGCACUUAGCAAGUCUUUAAGCUGUGCUUCCAGCCGUGAACCUUUGCACCCAAUGUUCCCUGACCAGCCUGAAAAACCUCUAAACCUGGCUCAUAUUGUAGAUACUUGGCCCCCCCGACCUGUAACCAGCAUGAACGACACACUCUUCUCCCAUUCUGUUCCCUCAGGAAGUCCCUUUGCAAACAGAAGGUUACUUGGGGGUAUAAAUGCAGCCAGUCCUGUGGCUGAUGAGCAUUCUCUUAUAAAGCUGUAUGUAAAUCAGCUUCACAACAAUUCACGUUUUCCUGUCUUAUUAACUAGCUCUCCUUCCAAGAAUACUGAAGUAGAGCAGAGCAAACUGCUGGCUAGGGCUGCUCCAGCUUUCUUGAAAGGCAAAGGGUUACAGUACAGCCUCGAUGUUGCAGACAGGCUGGCUGAUGAACACGUGCUCAUCGGGGUCUAUGUCAACAUGCUGCAGAGCAGCCCCGCACGCGUCCUUGACAGUGCAAGUCGGCUGGAUGAAGAACACAAGCUGAUCGCCAGGUACGCAGCAAGGCUGGCAGCAGAAACUUCUUCAUCACAGCCGAGUCAGCAGAGAGGGGCAUCAGAUAUCUCCUUCACCAUUGAUGCCAACAAGCAGCAAAGGCAGCUGAUUGCAGAGCUUGAAAACAAAAACCGAGAAAUCCUGCAGGAGAUCCAGAGGCUGCGACUUGAGCAUGAGCAAGCAUCUCAGCCCACACCAGAGAAGGCCCAACAAAAUCCCACUCUCCUUGCAGAGCUCCGGCUCCUGAGACAGCGGAAGGAUGAGCUGGAACAGAGGAUGUCUGCUCUCCAGGAAAGCCGAAGGGAGCUGAUGGUUCAGUUAGAAGGCCUCAUGAAACUGCUGAAGGAAGAAGAAUUGAAACAGACGCAGGGGGCAGGCUCCCCACGCUCCUCGCCCAGCCACACCAUCAGCCGGCCUAUUCCCAUGCCCAUCAGGUCUGCCUCUGCCUGCUCCACCCCGACCCACGCACCUCAGGACUCUCUGACCGGGGUGGGAGGAGAUGUGCAGGAAGCCUUUGCACAAAGUGCAAGACGAAACUUAAGAAAUGAUUUGCUGGUGGCAGCAGAUUCAAUCACCAACACCAUGUCUUCUUUGGUAAAAGAACUAAAUUCUGAAGUGGGCAGCGAGACAGAGAGCAAUGUGGAUUCUGAGUUUGGCCGGGCUCAUUUUGAUGAUCUGGUUCCAUCCCCCACGUCUGAGAAGGCUUUCCUGGCACAGAUCCACGCCCGGAAGCCAGGGUACAUCCACAGCGCUGCUGCCACCGGCUCCAUCCGCAGUGACAUGGUUACAGAAGAUGGAGACCCUUAUGUCAGAGCAGAUGAUGAAAACUACGAGAAUGACUCUGUCCGCCAGCUGGAGAAUGAACUGAAAAUGGAGGAGUACCUGAAGCAGAAGCUGCAGGAUGAGGCGUACCAGGGAAGCUGCAGUCAAACAGACAAUGAAAGCUACGUAAGAACUGAUGAUGAGGAGAGCUGCUUUCGGACAGACGACGAAGAAAACUCAGCUGCGAACUUCACAGAAGAAUGGAACCAAGAGGUGCAGCGUCUCUUGACAAAAAAAUCACAUAACUAAGUUCUGAGGACUGUAGCACAGUACUUUUGUUCUAAGAGUUGUAGUUUGUAGAUGUGUGUUUUUUGACAACAAGACUUCUGUUUAAAGCUAACUUAUAUUAGCUACAUCUUCUGUAACAUGGCUCAUUACUGGCGAAGCAAACAGACUGACGCGCGUGCUGCUGUCACACACGGCGGCGCUGUUAAUAACUCACCUAAACCCUUUGCACAUGAUAUUGAACCUGUUCAGUUUACAAUGACAAUACUGUUUAUAGUUAGAAAUUUGAUUUCUGAAUACUUUGAGAUUUUAGCAGAUCGGUUUACUAUACACUGUACAUUUUUUUUUCCACGGGAGAAAUAAAAAGCGACAAUUAUGCAUUUAACACUGAACGAUGAUACUCCUGAGUGUAUAUAUCUAGUAGCCCAAAAAACAAAGUACCAGACUAUAUUUGCAAUUUGUUUGCAAGUCUUUAAAUUAAGGCUUAUACAAAAUGUACUAAAAUAAUAAUAAUAUAAUUAAUAAUAAUAAUAAACUUCUCUAAUUUAGGGCUAAUGUGUAACUUAGGAAUGUUUCUUUCAAAAUAAUCUAACAAAUCAGCCAUAGAAGUUAGUGUAAAUAUUUUUUUUCCAAAUAGAUAUCAUAUACAAAAGGUGACAUUCAAAUGAUAUAGAAUCUAGUUUUUAAAUCAGCACAGAUCUUCUUAAAACUGUGAACUAUGUUUUGAAAUACUCGUUGCUAAAGCUGUUUAUAAACCACAGGUGCCAUAAGAUCCCUGAACUGACUGAUGUUACGUAUAAUCCUCCAUGGUAUUGUUUCAUUGAUGUUUUAGCUUUAGUAAGCAUGUGUUCAACAAACCAGCUCUUUCCAUCUUUCUGCCCCUCCUCUUCCUCCCCACCCCCUUCCAUUACGUUAUUUUCGAGGCCUUCAGCUUUAAAUGUACAGGCUUAAAGUGCGCUUGCAACUGUUUCCUUUUGAUUUCUGAAUGUGUACUGCCUUAGCCAGCCACCAGAUGUUCUGCAUGCCCUCUUGGAAAUGUGUGGUGAGACUCUUUCAGAGCUGGAUGGAGAAAUAGCGAUCAGUGAAAAGCACAAGAAGAGCAGUGGAUUCUUGCAAAAGGACAGGCAUACAGUUAGAGAAUUGGAGUUUCAUCCAGUUUAGUAUUUUUCCAAUAUCAAGGCAUUUCAGGAGAAAGGGGACUGACACCCUGUCUAAUCAGGGUUAGGCAGUGAGGCUGCUGGCUAAAAAGUGUUUGCUCUGCUGUGACUACAAACCUACAGCUACUCCUGAGCGGUCAUUGACACAAACUGGCAUCAACGUGCUGCCCAGAGCACCCUGUGCCGAAACAAAGGUGACACCUCUGUGGCACAUGGCACUGCCAUGCAGAGGAACCAGAGCCAGGCCAGGGACAGCUGGAGCAGCAGCCGGGCAGGGACAGCAGGAGGAGUUCCAUGCUGUCUGCCUGGCCCUCCUGAGCUGCGCAGUGUUAGCUCGGGGCCACCUUGUGCCAAGGUAACUUUACUGCCCUAACACAAUAUUGGGCUUCCAGUACCUGGCUGACCUGAAGUGACACUGUCUAACAGCCCUGAAAACAGUGGUGUUUCAUACAGAUAUUUCACACCAGCACAGUUUGCCUACAGCAAGUGAUGAGAUACCCAUCUAAAGCAGGCUAACGUGGCUUGUCUGUCCUUGCUUUCAUGGUGACGUGGAUGUGUGCUGCCGUGUUUACAUGAGAUUGCUAUGUAGCUCGACCCAGUAAGUCCACUUGUUUGCAUGCAUUCUCCAGGCUCGUGGCUGUUUCCCUGGGCACUAUGUGUUAGGGAAUGAGUAUCUGUAUGAAAGAGCUGCUGCCAUGUUUCACUUUCAUAUCAUUUUGUUGUGUAUGCAGAUCUCUUGUCUGUAUAUCCUUGCGUACCUGGGCUUGCUCUCAGACAUCCAAAUGCAUACUAAGGGAUCCAGAUAUCUUCAUGUAAGCUUUUCAUUUCUGCAGUCACUGGUCUUUGCUCCUGGGUAUGUGCCAUCCUGGCAAGGCAGGCACCAUAUCCUCCACUGUCCCCUCCUCCAACCUCCUCUCAGGAAUGAGUUAGCCUCCACUAGUGCCUAGCACUCCAUGUUUUAAGCUACUCCAGUGAACCUGUAGACAUUGCUGUCAGCUCAGGAUUCCAGGCAAGCAUUUCCUGAACAGGGAGAAAACAAGCUAGAACACAGCUAUGUGCAAUGGCUGAUUAAUUCAACACAUGUCAUGUUUAAUUGUACCCAAAGUAAUAGAUCCCUCUCAUCACCUUAAUGUCUGCGUGCUCAUUAUCACCAUGCUUAAAAUAGAUGCACUAGACUAAAUCCAUUGCAAGAGCUUCUGAACUAGGAGUAAGAACUGAAGCUGACCAAUCAAGCACCUUUCUUUUAGGCUGGUGUCAACAAGAUGAUCCCUUAGGAGUUCUGGGUCCCUGAUGCCCUGGAGCUCUGAGAUGAAGCACCUCUUACUUAGCUCUGCAAAUGUCUAUUUUAAGCAGUUUUCCAACUGUUAAGCUGGCUGCAUUUUCACCCAGCUGGUCUUUGUCUGUUUGUUGAAUAUUAUUUUGGUUGUGGUGUGCGGUCAUUAAAACAAACACAGUUACAGAAGAGGUCCCUCGUAUGGCCCUUCUGUUAAUUACCAAUGGCCCACCACAACCAUCAAAACUCCGGGUGGUUUUACUGUCACUGGAGGAAAACCAGUGGUUUGGAAUCAGGAGACAGGGAUGUGAAGAUGUAUAGGGUCCUUGAAUGUCCAAAGCGAAGGUGGAGAAUGGGUUGUCUGUAAGUAGUAAUGUUAACUAAACUGCAUAAAAAGGUGUGUGGCCUUUGUUGUGAUAUAAUAUGUAUUUUCUUAUAUGCAUGAGCCAAAUUGUUGCAUCAUAAUUUAUCAUAAAUGUGUCCGCCUUUACUUUCAGUCGUCACCUUCUCCCAUUCUUAUUGGUUCUUGGCAAUUUCUGUAGAUAGACCUUGUAAAUAUUGCAGCCUCGGGUUGCUGUAAUCACAUUGGUUCAAUUCAGCAGACGGAGCUGUGAACAACAAGCACUCCACAGUGUCCUGAAGAAUAAAGGGCAUUUUUACCUUUGAACCAAAAACAAAAAAAAAUUACGAAGAGUUACAUCUUGAGGCUACUAACUGCAACGCAUUUUUAAAACACUGUACUUGACACCACUUGAGACAGAUACAGAGACACUAAAAAUGUCACGAUAUUCAUUGGUAUUGUAACAGAACUGCUAUUGUAUGGGGUUUUUGUAUUGCUGUUAAGUAUUGUUUUGUGUGUGUGUGUUGGAACCUACUGGGGACAUGUUAUAUUUUGAAGUGAUUAAACUAUUUAAUUGUGUGUCUAUAUUUUGGAAUGGAAUUAUUUCUUCAUUAAAAAGAUUUUUAAAAGGAA